AAUACAAACUAAAACAUCCAAAUUUGCCAAUUAUAUCUUAUCUUCCUUCCCUUGAGCUUCAACAACAUGGGUUUCACAAGUGCACUCAAAGGUCUUUUCCUUGUGGCCAUGGCUGCUUCCAUGUUGAGAGUUAGCAUGGCCAACAGGAACUGGACCAACAACUAUAACGACACAGCUGGGUGGGGCUGGGGCUCCUACCAUCGCCCCAACCGUACAGAUACUGCCUCUAGGAAUAUCGUAGUGGGCGGAUCAGAUAACUGGCACUUCGGCGUCAAUUACACCGACUGGGCAUCCAAGACUGCACCCUUCUACUUCAAUGAUACUCUAGUGUUCAAUUAUGAUUCUCCAAACAAGACAUUUUCUCACAGUGUGUACUUGCUGCCGGAUCUUUGGAGCUUCAAAAACUGCGACUUUAGCGGAGCCAAGAUGGUGGCCAAUAUAACUGAGGGGCGUGGCAACGGGUUUGAGUUUGUACUGAAACAGUGGAGGCCUCACUACUUCGCUUGCGGUGAAGGUCCUGAUCGUUUCCACUGCAAGAACGGCAACAUGAAGUUCUUCGUGAUGCCACUGCUUCGUUGGCCUUACUGAACAACAUAUAGAGGCUGAGGGAGUAGGGAAGGCGUGCAAUGCCAUCGCACCAGUGUUUCAUUUCUGUUUUCCUCUGUGUUGUUUUAUUUUCAUAAAAAGAUUCUAUUUUG